AUGAACGAUGUGAGGAACCAAGAGAAGCAAAAGGGAAGAGGAGGUGGAGGAGGAGGAGAAGGAGGAAAAGGAGGAAGAGCAUGGCGCCUGAGCCGAAUGCUGCGUGAGCACAAGGCCAGGUUCUACAUCAUCCGCCGAUGCGUCGUCAUGCUGCUCUGCCACCAUGACUGA